AUGGAGACUGAAGUUCAAUCGAAUUUCACCUAUUUGAGAAGAACCUUCACCGAUCUCAAUAUUAACGCAAGUUCCUCAACUUUCAGUGAUUGCAAUAGUGAUAGAUCCGGCGAGUUUCCAAUCGCUUCUUCACAAAGCCGGCGGCUAUUUUUGUCUUGCGCUUCUGAAAACUCUGAUGAAUUAAUCGAGCAACUUGUUUCCGAUGUCGAGUCAAGUUUAAUUGACGAGCAAAAUCAAGUGGCAACGGAGAUUAUACUCCUCGCUAAAAACAAACUGGAAAAUCGUAUCAAAAUAGCUCGACCUGGAGCAAUCAAACCGUUGAUUUCGCUUAUCGCGUCCUCCGAUCCUCAGCUUCAGGAAAACGGCGUUACGGCAAUUCUCAACCUGUCACUUUGUGACGAGAAUAAGGAACUUAUCGCUGCAUCUGGAGCAAUCAAAUCACUAGUUCGAGCGCUUAAAAUCGGGAACUCUACAGCUAGAGAGAACGCGGCUACGCAAUUGAAACACUUUUGA